AUGGCGUGCUCAACCGUGGAUGUGAAUUCCACGGAACAGCUGUCCUCCUUUAGGGAUGCCUGGAGGGCUGUGACAUGGAGUCGGAAAGUUUCGUCGUCGUCUAACUAUUGGCGCCAGACAUGCGCUGCUCAAGUUGCUGACAUAAAGGGCCAAGAGUUGACAUUCAGGGACCUCUACUCAGCUUUCCCCAUCCUGAGCGUGGAGGAUGGUGACGAUAUUCUUUAUCUCAGAUCUCUGGUGGAACCCAGUCAUCAGGAUGGAUGGGUGGCUGCUGUUGACAUAGGAAACAAGGCACUGAAAGCAAUUGGUAACUAUUAUCUUUCGGAUGAUUUUUAUUACAGAUGGAGCUAUGACCCUGAGCAUCCUUUUCGUGCUUCUACAUUGUCCCGCCAUUUGGAUAUGACUCCAGGCAAUCAAGUCUCGGCAUGUCGCAAGCAGACAGAGGCUGAAAGAUCUGCAAAUCGUCCAAGCAGAACCUCAACCCGUGUGAGUUCCUGCGAACGAAGGGCCAAAAUCCGAAGGCUAUUGGAACUGGCUGGGAGAACCAAGCGUGCACAAAAUUCUCCUGGGAAUAUUACACAAAAUCAUCGUAUUUCCCAGGUCCGUCCUAUCGAAAUCAAUCUGGCACCCCAGGCAUCCUUCAACAAUUUCAAUGGGCCGGCCAGCUUCCAUGUUAUCCACAACAACUUUCUGCCCCUAACUCAUUUGCCUAUGGCGCACACACAGGCUAUGUCAACUACCAACAGCAGUGGCGGCAGCUUCCCCCUACUCUGGAGCUGCCUAUUAUUGGUGCGUCCUGGCAGCAUCCACCUCCUCCAGGUUCCGGUGCAGCUUCAGCCAACAACUCGUGAGGUUUGGGCUGUCGUUUUGGGACAUUGGGGUAAGCCGUUGUGGUUGCUGGCGGCACAGGAGACUGGCGAACUGGUGGACGGCUCUUGUCGUCGGUACCAAGAAGGAACAGCGCCGGAACUUGGAUACAGAGGUGAUUGGCCUAGUCUCCUAGAAGGGGCGGCGUGGAGCAGUGCAGGUCUCUUCAAGGGUAGUGGUUACUGUAGUUUUGGUUUGGUGGCCUUGUCGUGGAUUGUAAAGUGAGUAAUCUGGUGUAACUGGCCUACGAACAUGUACCCGCAUCGCGCUCUUCUUCAAUAUAUGAUACAGAGGUGUAUUCUAGAGAGAAAAAAAAGGAUGACUCCCUAUUUAUGUGAUAGCCCUUAUAUAAUGUAAUAUUGUAAGUGGCGGUGUAAAAAUUAUAUAUAUCAUGAAAACAUCAUAAAAAUUUAUAUAUUGUUUUGGAGCUCUGGUUGAGA